AUGAUUGUUCGCACAUACGGUCGACGCAACAGAUCGAUUUCCGAAACGUGCUCUGGUUCUUCCCUAAACGACAACGUAUCAGAGCCCUUCUCAACAGACGCUCUUACCCAAGAACAAGACACUCACUUCCGGGGAUUCGCUUUCUCUUCCCAAGAUUCUUCCUCUCAGUGGUCUUUAUUCGAUUCCGACCCCAAUUCAAUCGACGAUUUGUACGGAGCAGAUCGCCGGGAGUCAAAGAGAGCAAAAGGUGUAUCUUUUCCGGCGACGUCGACACUGAUGGAGGCGCAGGAGUUUGGGGAGAUGAUGGAGCAUGUGGAUGAGGUUAAUUUCGCUCUCGAUGGACUUCGUAAGGGUCAACCUGUACGGAUCAGAAGAUCUAGUUUGGUUUCUCUUUUGUCAAUUUGUGCCACUACGCAGCAGCGGAGGCUUCUUCGCUCUCAAGGGAUGGCAAAGACAAUAGUUGAUGCUCUUUUGGGCCUCAGUCUCAAUGAUUCUCCCAGCAAUCUUGCAGCUGCAACCCUUUUCUACAUUUUGACGAGUGAUGGUCAAGAUGAUCAUCUCCUUGAAUCACCGUCUUGUGUUCAAUUUCUAAUCAAGUUGUUAAGACCAAUUGUAUCUACUGAUAUUAAAGACAAAGCACCGAACAUUGGCUCUAAACUUCUAUCACUGCGUCAGAGCAAUGACAUGCUAAAAAUAAUGACGUCAAGAUUUGACUCCAGUUCUGUUGCAGUUUUUUCUAGAGUCCAAGAAGUUCUAGUUAACUGCAAAGACCUAAAAGCAACGUGUCAAAAUAGUAGUGGGACUGAGAGGCCAGAGUUAUGCCCAAAAUGGUUAACAUUGCUGACUAUGGAGAAGGCUUGUUUAUCUGCCAUUUCUCUCGAUGAAAGCACAGGUGCUGUACGGAAGACUGGUGGAAAUUUUAAGGAAAAACUAAGGGAGCACGGAGGACUAGAUGCAGUUUUUGAAGUCACCAUGAGUUGUCAUUCAGAUUUGGAGAAUUGGAAGGAUUAUAGUUCUCGGUCUGCCAAAAAUUUGAGAAUUGAUCAACGUCUGAAGUGUCUAACCUUGCUUCUUAAGUGCCUGAAGAUAAUGGAAAAUGCUACUUUCCUAAGCAAAGACAAUCAGACUCAUUUGCUUGGAUUAAAAAGAAAAUUGAGUCCCAAGGCUGCUCCAUUGUCUUUUACGGAGCUGAUUCUAAUUGUCAUAAAGAUGCUCUCAGAUCUAUGUUUGCGUCAGAGUGCCACUGAUGUGUCCACUGUUGACAAGCUUAAUGACCCUUUCUCUAUGCUCAGUGAUGAUUCUGAAUUGGAUCAACUCAGAGACUAUAAAGAGAAUAAACCUGUAUCCAUCAGUUCCGAUAGUAGUUACUUUGGCGUGGGGAGUAGAAAUUACUCUGAUGUGGAAAAGGCCUCUUCUAUUAAGAAUUCUAAUGUUUCUCAUAACACCCAACUGUUGACAUGUGCUCAGUUGGAAAGAUCGCUGUCCGUUUCUGAAACUCCAAGCACAUCAACAACUGAUACAUACUCACUAAAGAUGAGGAUCAAUUCAUGCACAUCUGGGUCUUCCAGUGGUUUAUCAAAGAGUUCGUACCAAAAAAAUUCCACGACCCAAAAUAGUUUCAGGAAGAGUGUUCACUUUACUGAAGGCCCUCCAGUUGUAGUCUUGGACGAUUGCCAAGAUCCUUUUGCAUUUGAUGAGCAUGACAGUGGUUUCUCAAAGAGUUCGCACAGUAAAAAAUCCACAACCCAUAAUAGUUCCAGGAAGAAUAUUCCGUUUACGAAAGGUACCCCAGUUGUAAUCUUGGAAGAUAGCGAAGAUCCAUUUGCAUUUGAUGAGGAUGACAGUGGUUUAUCGAAGAGUUCAUAUUGUCAAAAAUCCAUGUCCCUAAAUAGUUCCAGGAAGAAUGUUCAGUUUACGGAAGGUACCCCUGCUGUAAACUUGGAAGAUAGCGAAGAUCCAUUUGAUCAGGAUGACAGUGGCUUAUCAAAGAGUUCAAACUGUCAAAAAUCUAUGACCCUAAAUAGCUCGAGGAAGAAUGUUCACAUUACGGAACGUACCCCAACUGUAAUUUUGGAAGAUAACCAUGAUCCCUUUGCAUUUGAUGAGGAUGACAUUGUGCCCUCUCAGUGGGACCUACUAUCGGGGAAACACAAACCAUCUCAUUCUAAAAAACAUAAGGUAGCAAAUAGAAAAAUUGAAAAUGAACGGCAAUCACAAACCAAAAUGAGUCAAGAAAAUGAACAUCAAUCACAAAUCAAAAUGAGUCAAGAAAUUGAACAUCAAUUGCAAACCAAAAUGAGUCAACAAGAAUCAAGUGACGGGAACAUCGAUUGUUCCAGUUCUGACAUCAGUUAUGAAGAAGAUUCUAGCCUUCUAAGUGAUUGCCUCCUUACUGCUGUUAAGGUGCUUAUGAAUUUGACUAACGACAACCCUAUUGGCUGUAAACUAAUUGCUGCCAAUGGAGGACUAGAGGCUAUGUCUAUGUUAAUUGCUGGUCAUUUCCCUUCUUUUAGCUCAUCGCCAUCCUUUUCUCAAAUAAAAGAAAACUCUUUGAGAACUGAAAAGGACCAUCUAUGUGGUGAUAGGCUUCUAAAUGAUCACGAGUUGGAUUUUCUUGUUGCUAUUCUGGGCUUGCUUGUAAAUCUGGUUGAGAAGGACAGUCAAAACAGAUCACGGCUUGCAGCAGCCAGUGUUCUACUACCUUCUUCAAAAGGCUUGGACCAUGAGGUUCGGCGGGAUGUUAUUCAAUUAUUAUGCUCUAUUUUCUUGGCUAACAAGGGUGAAAGUGAGGCGGCAGCUGGGGAAGAUAAAAAAUUUGAACUGAACGAUGAGGCAGCUGUUCUACAAGGUGAAAAAGAAGCUGAGAAAAUGAUUGUCGAAGCUUACUCUGCGUUGCUUCUAGCAUUUCUUUCCACUGAAAGCAAGAGCAUCCGCGAAUCUAUUGCUGACAAUCUUCCAGAUCACAACUUGGCUAGUCUUGUACCUGUGUUGGACAGAUUUGUGGAAUUUCAUCUGUCUUUGGACAUGAUUUCACCAGAGACUCAUAAAACUGUUAGCGAGGUCAUCGAAUCAUGUAGAAUUCGGUGA